CCUAAUCAAAGGUGUUUUUUGAAAUUAACCUCAUUUUGUGUUUUGCAACGAGAAGUUCAAUUAAUUAAAAAUAUGAAUUUAGAUCAACUUGAAAACGAAAAUCCAAAUGUUUUUAAUAAAACCGAGGAUCGUUUGAUCACCGCCCAAGAAGAGGAUGAUAACGUUGUUGACGAAUUUGACAGAAGAGAAAUAUUUGAUCUUAUUAGGGACAUUAACGAUCCAGAACACCCGUUAUCACUAGAGGAGCUGCAUGUAGUUCAAGAAGAUUUAAUAGAAGUAGACAACCACAAGAAUGUUGUCAAUGUCAGUUUUACUCCUACAAUUCCCCAUUGUAGUAUGGCCACAUUAAUUGGCCUAUCAAUAAGAGUAAAGCUUUUAAGAUGCCUGCCGGCCAGAUUUAAGGUUACAGUAGAAGUUACGCCAGGCACUCACAAUGCAGAACACUCUGUAAACAAACAACUUGCUGACAAAGAACGAGUAGCUGCUGCCCUUGAGAAUUUUAAUUUGAUCAAAGUUAUUAAUCAGUGUAUUGCAAACAGAAGUAAAGGUUAAGAAUGGAUUUGGAGUUCAUCCCAUUACCUGUUGUGCAAAGCAAAACUUGCAACAGCAAAUUUUCUAGCUUCUUCAGAAAAAUGUUUAAGUUUGAGCAAAUGGAUUUUCAGUUUGCCUUAUGGCAAAUAGUUUAUUUAUUUAUUGCACCUCAAAAACUAUCCAAAAUAUUUAGGGCAAGAAAAGUUUCCAAGCUUCAAUAUGCUAGAGAUGAUCCAGCAUUUUUAGUUUUAUUUUUGGUUGCCCUAUUUAUUACAUCAAUUGGAUUGGGUUAUCAAAUGGACUUAACUUUAGUGCAGUUCUUAAAAUUUUUAUUUUUAAUCACAUUUCUUGAUUGUGCAUGCAUUGGAGUUGUAGUUUGCACAAUUUUUUGGACUCUUACAAACAGAAUUUUAAAACCCAUAAACAGCAAAAUUGAAUGGGGGUUCUCAUUUGAUGUUCAUUUAAAUGCCAUAUUCCCCCCUGUAAUACUUCUACAUUUAUUGCAAAUAAUAUUUUUUAAUGUCUGGCUAAUUGGCAAUAACAUGGCUGCUUUAUGCUUUGGAAAUACAUUCUUGCUUUUUGGGGCUAUUUAUUACAUUUACAUAACUUUUCUUGGAUACAAUUCAAUUCUGGUUGUCAGAGACACUAAAAUGUUGUUAUUCCCUAUACCGUGGAUUAUUUUUAUUUAUUUAUUCACUUUGUUUUUUAAUGUAAAUCUUGUUCAAGUGAUUCUAUAUUGUUAUAUAGAUAGAGCUAUUUAAUGUGAUAAUAAAUUGUAAUAUUUAAAUAAAA